AAUGAAACAAAUAAUAAUGGUAAUGAUAAUCAUAAAACACAAAAAAUGGAAAUCAAUUCAGCUAAUUUAAAAAAAUGGAUUGAAGAAAAUAAUAUUGAAAUGUUAGAAGGUGUUGUAUUAGAAGGACAUGGUGAACGUUUACAAAAAAAAGCAACAUCAUUAUUAAUACGACAACAUUCAAAUGAUGAUAUUAGUAAUAAUAAUAAUGAUUUAUUUAUGACACAAAAUUAUAUUGAAAAAACUGUACCAAUUAUAAUGAAUAAAAUACAAAAUCUACAUCAAGCCGUUUCAAUGGGUGAUUUAACAAUAUUGAAAAAAAAUGAUUUUAAUAUGAAAAAUGAUUAUAUUUUAUCAAAAGAUCAUUUUGGUAUGACACCAUUACAUAAAGCAACAAUAAUGGGUCAUGUUGAAAUUGUACAAUAUAUUUUGGAAAAAUUUCCCGAAACAAUUAAUGCAAAAGAUCGUGAAGGUCGUACGGCAUUACAUUAUUCAACAGCAACAACUAAUCGUAAUGGUAAUAAAAUUUAUAAAAUGUUAAUUAAAGCUGGUGCUGAUUCUCGUGUUCGUGAUUCGCAAGGAAAAACACCCGAUUAUUAUCGUGUACAUUUUUUGGCCAUACCGAAUGAAAUUCUACGACCAAAUGGUGGUAAAAAUAAUUCAGUUAAUGCUGGUAGUGGUGCUGGUGGUGGUUCAUCAUCAAAUCUUUAUCAUUCAAAAUUUCAUGGUGAAACUAAUGCAAAUCGUUCACAUCAACAACAACAACAACAGCGACGACAUAUACAGCCUGCAAUACGUGAAAAGAUCAAUAUGGCAUUACAUUCGGGUAAUGUUAAUCAAUUGGAAGAAUUAUUAUUAGAUGGUUAUGGUACAGAAUUGAUUGGUCGUACUUCGUUUGGUGAAGAUGCAAGAAAAUUUCUGAAAACCAUUCCACAAUCAAUGGAAAAAAUUCAUGUAUUACAUAAUUCAAUUAUUAAUGGUGAUAUUGAUCAAACGAUUGAAAUUUUAACAAAAAAUCCUGAAUUUAUACGUACAAAAGAUUCAAAUUCAUUUACACCAUUUCAUUUGGCUAUUAUUAAUGGUCAUAUGAAUUUAAUCGAUUAUUUAUUGGAAAAUUUUCCAUCAAUAAUUCAUUCAAAAGAUAAC